GUUCUUGAAACCGUUGCUGCCAUCCCGUUGCUGCUGGUAUUAAGCCGCUGCCAUCGUCAUCACCGUUGCUGCCAUCCCGUUGCUGCUGGUGCCAAGCCGCUGCUCUUAUAGCUCCGUUGCUGCCAUCACGUCGCUGCUGCCAUCACGUCGCUGCUGCCGUCAAUCCGCUGCUGCCAUUCCGCCGCUGCUGUCAUCACGUCGCUGCUGUUAUAACUCCGCUGCUGUCAUCCCGUCGCUGCUGCUGUCGUCGUUCCGCUGCUGCUAUCCCGUCGUUGCUGCUAUAACUACAUCGUUGCCAUCACGUCGCUGCUGCUGUCAUCGCUCCGCUGUUCCUAUAAUUCUUCGUCCAUCCGCUGCUGCUUAAGUCGUCGUGGGAAUGAGCUGCCGCUGCAUCCUGUGCCAAAGGGACGUAAGCGCCGGCAAACAGCCGACGCACCAGGUUCAUUGGUCGCCGAGGGAUGCCACAGAAAAUAUUCAGCGACAACGCGACCAACUUUGUCGGCGCCGACCGCAAGCUGCGCGAGCUGAAGGAGGCGUUUCUAGCGCAAGCGCCAGAACUAAUGGGGUUCGCAGCCGAAGAAGGAUUCAGCUUCGGCUUUAUACCACCCAGGGCGCCGCACUUCGGCGGAUUAUGGGAGGCGGCCGUGAAGUCCGCCAAGCAUCUAAUCGUUCGCGCACUCGGCAACGCCCUGCUAACGACGGAAGAGCUCUCAACGCUACUGGCCGAAGUGGAGGCCAUUUUGAACUCGCGUCCCCUAACACCGUUGAGCCAGGACCCCAACGACGGAGAAGCACUAACUCCAGCACAACUUUUAAUCGGUUGUCCCCUGCGAGCACUGCCACCAGCACAAGUGCCAACGGACCCAAUUCGUUGCUGCGAGAGAUGGCAACUUGUUUGCUGUCUCAAGCAACAGUUUUGGCAACAGUGGUCCAAAAUAUAUCUAACGAGCCUUCAGGAGCGCAACAAAUGGCUCCACCCCAAACGCAACCUGCAGCCAGGCGAUCUCGUCCUCGUUCACGAAGACAACGUGCCGCCGCAGCAGUGGGUAAUCGGCCGCGUCGGCGCAACCGUCGAAGGCCAAGACGGCAAGGUACGAGUGGCAGACGUGGCAACCAAGGCGGGCACCAUUAAGCGCCCAAUUCAUAAACUUGCACUACUGCCCAUGGAUGUUGAAGGAUCCUGAUCCUGUCAAGGUGGCCGGUGUUGCGUCAAGCGACUUAUACGAAUAUAUGUUCAAUUUAAAAUGAAAAUAAAAUAUGAAAUUAGAAUUAAUUACUUUUUUUGAAAUGCAUGUUAUAUUCGAAUUAUACUUUCAUUGUACUUACCCUAAUAAUAUUAAAUAUACUUACCUUAAUCUAUUA